UAUAACUCAUGAUCUGACCAUUGUAAACUAUAAUAUGUUUGGAAUCAUCGGGUACAACGUAAAUAUCAAAAUCAUGAACAUAUUAAACUAUAAAUACUUUCAUUACUAUAUAAAUACAUAUAAUUUUUUAUAAUGUCUGAAAAUAAUAAUAAAAGGCCUUCGGAAUCCACUUUGGAUAAUCCUUCUAAACGUCGGAAUGAAUCUUUUGAUAUUGAUUUGAUAUUGAAAAAAGAUCGUAUUGAUAAUGAUGAUUUUAAUGUCAUUGUUUUACACGCUUCCCCUGAACAGAGAUUGGAUUUUAUCAUCAGACAACUAUCAUUCUACCUAUCUCCAGAUAACUUGUCAAUUGACCACUUUUAUCACUCCAAAUUUAAGGAAGAUUCGGCAAACGUUGGAGUAGAGAAUGUAAUGGACGUGAAGUAUAUCCUGAGCGCAAAACGCAUGAUGGAGAUCAAGGCGACAAUUGAAGACAUUAAGAAGGUUAUUUCUGAAAAUCUGAUACCUAAUUUGUCGUUUCAUGACUUCGAAGGAACUAUGUACAUUAAAUUAAACGACCCCUUACCAAAAUAUGUUGGAAAGAAACCAGUUGUAAAGAAGAAGUUCGGAGAGACCCCUGAAACAUUCCACGUCGCCGGGCCAAUUGUAAAAAUUACAAACAUCCCCUCAGAUGUUAAAGAAUGGACGUCAGUUAAGCAAGCCAUUAAUGGCACAAACAAAGCUAAAGUUAAAUUCAUAUCACCCGUUUCAGAAGGUUCUUGUUAUGCCUGGCUUUCAAAAACAUCAAAUUUAUCGGAUUUAAUGGGAGAAAAACCUCAAGUAAACGGAGCCCCAAUAAAUGUAGACCUAAUAAAUCAUGAAACAGAAUUCAAAAAAAUGGAAUCUGCGAUGAGUUUGAGCACACUCAACUCCAGAUCAAAGGAACUCCAAAGGAUAAAAUCAGCAGCUAUGGCAAUCCCAAUAGAAAUUGGUGAUUUUGUAGUAAGAAACUUUGGCUGCAUCAAAACACUCCUUAAUAACCUGCUUAAAGAAGUUGAAGUUGGAACUAAAUUAUCACUUGAAUCACAACCGGGAAAAUUACUGAGUUAUAUUCUCGAGUACCACCCGAACUCAAAGGAGAAGAAGGGAGGAAGCUCAAGAACCUUAUUUGGAUAUGAAGUGGGAACAAACGGGAAUAAAGAUGGAAAAAACAAAAAGUGCUUCAAAGUUGUGUUAAAGAGUCUGGAAGGAGAAAACCUUGUGCAUGAGGACUUGUCAAUAACCAAAUGCCUGGAAGGAUUGAAACUAGUUAUGCAUACCUUCACCAAACCAGAGAGAAACGAUUUUAUAAAAUCAUUAGUUCUUUAAAUUUAUACAACUUUAGUAAAUUGGAAUAAAAACUAAAUAAUAUAUUACUUCGUGA